AUGACGAAUUCUACCACGGCACCACCUCCAGAAGACAGCUGUUCCCGGAACACCCUAAUCACUCAACAAAUCAUCCCUGGGUUGUACUGUGUGGUCUUCGUGGCAGGGAUCCUGCUCAAUGGAGUCUCAGGAUGGAUAUUCUUCUAUGUGCCCAGCUCUAAGAGUUUCAUCAUCUAUCUCAAAAACAUUGUCGUUGCCGACUUCCUGAUGAGCCUGACUUUUCCUUUCAAGAUCUUUAACGAUGCAGGCCUCGGCCCCAGGCAGCUGAAUGUGUUUGUAUGUAGGGUUUCUGCUGUACUCUUCUACAUCAACAUGUACGUUAGCAUCAUGUUCUUUGGGCUCAUCAGCUUCGACAGAUAUUAUAAAAUUGUCAAGCCUCUUUUGUCUUCUUUCAUGCAAUCAGUGAAUUACAGUAAAGCCCUGUCAGUGAUGGUGUGGAUGCUGGUACUAUUUCUCGCAGUCCCAAAUAUUAUUCUGACCAACCAGAGUGUUAAGGAUGCUAAGCCUGUGAAUUGUAUGGAACUUAAAAACCAACUGGGACAGCAGUGGCACAAAGCAUCCAACUAUAUCUUUGUGGGCAUUUUCUGGAUUGUGUUUCUUCUGCUGAUCAUUUUCUACACUGCUAUCACAAGGAAAAUCUUUAAAUCCCAGCUGAAGUCCAGAAGGAAUUCGAUUUCAGUCAAGAAGAAAUCUAGCCGAAACAUAUUCAGCAUUGUAUUUGUAUUCUUUGUUUGUUUUGUGCCUUACCACAUUGCCAGAAUCCCUUACACACAGAGUCAAACAGAAGGUCAUUAUAACUGCCAGUCGAAAGAAAUCUUGCUUUAUGUUAAAGAGCUCACUCUGCUACUGUCUGCUGCAAAUGUAUGCCUGGACCCCAUUAUUUAUUUCUUUCUAUGCCAACCAUUUAGAAAGAUCUUAUGUAAGAAACUGAACAUCCCAAUAAAAGAACAAAAUGAUCUAGAAAUUUCCAAAACCAAAAGGGGAAAUACAACACAUGACAGCACAGACACUUUAUGA